UAGGUAUCCAGCUCAAUAUAUCUAGUGGUCAGUGUCUGGGGAUUUUCCUAGGUUAACCUUCAGCUCACAGAACUUCAACCAACAAAAAGCAUCGCUAUGGAGACGACGGUGAUCAUCACAAGCCCUCAAGUCGGACCGGACCCAACCACCAUCAGCUGCCCUUCCUGCAGGGCCACGGUAGUGACGAGGAUGGAGUAUGAAACCACCACCAAGACGCACCUGUGCGCCGGCCUGCUGUGCCUGUUCCUCUGCUGGCCCUGCGCCUUCGUGCCCUACUGCUCGACAGCCUGUCGCGAUGCGAACCACUACUGUCCGAACUGCGGCUCGUUCAUUGGCACCUACAGGAAGUAGAAGAAGGACCAACCAUCCCAGUGGUUUUGUUUGUGUUGUGUGUGUGGCUGUGUGUGCUCCGUUUUUAUUUCCUGAUUUGCGCUAAUUGCGAUAAGGGACGAACAUGUAGAGGUGGCAAAAAACCCAGCACAAAAUAUGGUGCAAAUCCGAAUGAAAUUGCGACAAACUUUGCCGAUAAGAUUGCGCGAACUGCUUAUCAGUAAGGAAAGCCGGCCGAUUACCGUCGCACCACGCAGAUCAAUAAGCAAGCGAGUGUGAACGAAACCGGUUUCCGGAAUAACCAGCAUGAAAUUAAAUUAGCAUAGGAAGAAUCAAAUAAAAGUU